CCCUAAAACGAGUGCCGACAUCUCGAUCCGCGAAUCCGCAUCAUUCCACUCACCUGCAGGCAAAAAUUUCCUCCGCAUCAAAAUGGUACCAUGACUUCCUCCCAACACACGACGACCCUCGACACGAAUGUGGAUACGACUGGAGCUACGUGGAAGACACAUAGAUAACUGGCAAUAUCGAGAAAGAAGAGGAAUUGUUUCAAACGUCGCAAGACUCGUUCCUGUUCUGUCCUGAGGUCUCUCCACUUGCAUCUUGCUCAUGUCCUGCACCUCUGGCGCAACCAAAGCAUACUCAUGGUCUGGCACGAAUAGGAACCUUCAAGGCUUUUCAGUGUUCGUCACUCACCAGUAAAAGACGCGAGUUUGUGUUUAUCUAUCUGCGGGGCGAUGGCUAUCUCAUAAAACGCCCAAAUGUCGACCAGUGUCCCGGGCAAGCAACAUGCUCGCCAUACCUCUAACGCCUCAAAAGCCCGUCCAGCUGGCCUACCUGCCUCUCCUUCCAGAAGAUCUCAAGGUGACCGCAGCACAGAUGACAGUAACACACUCGCUGUCGGAGACCGUCCUCACACUUCACGCAGGACUCGAGCAAGUUCUACAUCUAGUCAAGCGGCCGCCAGGACGCCAGCCAGGUCCUUCUUCCGCCGGUCCUUCCACGGUCAACUAGAUCCUGCCCAAUACUCUUCAUCCGCAGAACUACGGGAUCAAACGGCGGAUCUCGCUUCGUUGGCUGUGUCUGACAAUGCCUCCCACCUAGACAGCGAGCCGCGGAGCCCCUCUUCCUCUUCCGACGACGGCCUACCCGAUCCGAUCCUAGAGGUAUCCGAGCCCGUAUCACCGGAAAGCCAGGACCACGAGCCUGCUGACGAGCCCGUACAGUCCGAGCUGGCCAUGAUGAUACAGAGCUAUUCCGAACAAGAGGAGGGCCAGAACCUGAAUACAAGCCAUAAUGGACACCAUAGAAGCACUUAUGAAACUCCGACGUCUUCUGACGUGGCGGAGCAAUCUGUGCCAGACGAAAGGUCGGCUCUCCUGGGUGACCGCAAAACUUCUGUUCAGUAUGGCCAGUUAGGCGACGUCGAAGGGCAAGUGUCAGACAACAAUAGCUCCUCUUCAAAGUGGCGGGCAUCAACUAAGAAGGUCCAGUCAUGCCUCUAUACUCUUUCUCACCCCAAGACCUGGGACCGACGCACGAUCUACAAGGAGGUUGUUAUACACCCCGUCAGUCUUUUCCCCGCUGUCUUUCUAGGCCUGCUCCUAAAUAUCUUGGACGCCCUUUCCUAUGGCAUGAUUCUGUUCCCCCUCGGCAAUGCCGUCUUCGACAAUCUAGGUUCCGAUGGCAUUGCCAUGUUCUAUGUCAGCACUAUCAUGGCUCAGCUGGUCUACUCAUCUGGCGGGUCAGUCUUUCGGGGUGGCAUUGGGUCAGAAAUGAUCGAAGUGGUGCCGUUCUUUCACAAGAUGGCUUUCACCAUUCUGAACAAGGUCGGAGAGGAGAACAGUAAGGCCGUCUUAGCCACGACCAUACUGUCCUUCUCAAUCAGUGCUUUACUUACCGGUGUCGUCUUUUUCCUCAUGGGAGCGUGCAAAUUGGGAUCUUUGAUUGGCUUCUUUCCGCGGCAUAUUCUCAUUGGAUGUAUUGGAGGUGUCGGCUGGUUUCUUGUUGCCACUGGUGUCGAAGUCUCAGCUCGACUUCCUGGGAACCUCGAAUAUAACUUCCACACGCUCAAGCAGCUCUUUCGAGGAGACACCAUUGCACUCUGGAUCGUCCCACUUUUGCUCGCAGUCACUCUCAUCAUCAUACAACGCCAUGUGAAAUCAAAUCUCUUGGUCGGUGGCUAUUUUAUAUCCGUGGGUGCCAUCUUCUACUUUUUCAAGUUUGCUUUGGGGAUCCAAAUGGACACGCUUCAUUCGAAGGGCUGGGUUUUCGAUCCACCACCGGCUGGAAAUCCUUGGUACCACUUCUAUACGCUAUACGACUUCAAGGCGGUUCAUUGGGGCGCAUUGGCAGACACUAUUCCGGCCAUGUUCGCUUUGACAUUUUUCGGAGUGCUGCAUGUUCCCAUCAACGUCCCUGCGCUGGGCAUUUCCACAGGCGAGGACAAUCUGAACGUUGACCGCGAGCUCGUUGCGCACGGUGUUUCGAAUUGCCUGAGUGGGCUUUUCGGAAGUGUUCAGAAUUACCUGGUCUAUACAAACAGCUUACUAUUUAUGGAUAGCGGCGGUGAUGAUCGCCUCGCGGGUCUACUACUCGCAGCAGCGACCUUUGGCAUUUUGUUAGCCGGACCUACUAUUAUAGGAUUCAUUCCUAUCAUGGUGGUGGGCGCUUUGAUCUUCCUUCUCGGAAUCGAGCUUCUCGAAGAGGCCCUUGUUGGAACCUGGGGUAAAGUGCACAGACUUGAGUAUGCCACGAUUGUCAUCAUUGUCGUCACUAUGGGUGUCUGGGAUUUCGUCAUUGGCAUCUUGGUUGGCAUUGUCCUCGCUGCGGUGAGCUUUGUUGUGCAGACCUCACGCAGGACGGCCAUCAGGGUGACUUAUUCUGGAGACAUUGCCAAGUCACUGGUCAGAAGACCUCCGGUACAGCUGAACUUCCUGAAAGAGACGGGCCACCAGAUCUUCCUCAUCAAAUUGGCCGGGUUCCUGUUUUUCGGUACGAUUGUUGGCGUCGAGAAUCGGAUACGGGCGCUCUUGGAAGAAGACGCCUUCGCGGACAGGCCUCUGAGAUUUCUGGUACUGGACAUGGCUCAUAUCAACGGCAUCGACUUCUCGGCUGCCGAGGCUUUCACAAGAAUCAACCGAUUACUGCAAAAGCGCAAAGUAGGACUGGUGAUCAGCGGCAUGAAUGUCGAUGACGAAAUUGGGCAAGCUUUGCGUAACGUUGGACUGUUCGCCGAGGACUCGGAAGUACAGAUUUUCGCGGAUCUCAAUGACGCCCUCGAGCAUUGCGAGAACAAGUUGUUGACCGCAUUAUACAGGCAACAGGAACAUCGACGGGCGAAACGCGUGGCGGCGCCUCACCUGGAUGUACCUCGCAAUCGAGGAAGUCAAGAAAUGCCACAGUCGUACAAGGCUGAGUUCAUGGGCAGCUCUCCGCGCCGCAAUCUGCUUCACCAGGUGGCACAGAGCACACUUGAUGAAGACACAUCGAGCGUCACCAAGUGGCAUUCCUUCAAGCAGCCGCUCCCUCUUCUACUUCAAGUGUUUGCGGAUUGUUCUGAUAAGAACGAAGAUUUUUGGUACCGGGCAACUCACUAUUUCGAAAGAGUCACGUUCCCCCAAGGAUCCGUUCUGUUCCGGGUUGGCGACGACCCCAACGGCUUCUAUCUGCUUGAGGAAGGCAUCUUGCGUGCGGACUAUGACCUGCCGCAGGGCAAAUAUUCCGAGUUGAUCGUGGCAGGUCGGCCAUGCGGGGAACUGCCAUUUUUCUCGCAUACGCCACGAACAGCAACAACGGUGGCGGAGAAAGACUGUGUGACGUGGUUACUUGAUGACAACAGGUGGCACGAGAUGCAGACGCACGAUCCGGAUGUUGCUCAAGAAUUGCUUGUUAUCAGUCUUAAAUUGACGAAAGAGAGGAUGGACGCCAUCACGUCGUAUAUCUUGACGACGGCGGGCUGAUACGGCUGGCUCUAUUCAAUGCAGCUCCGAUGAUGGUUUGGAAAAGGAUUACCCAGGUGUGUAAGCAUAGAGUCCUGGCUACGAGGCUCAAAAAUGUAUGUUUUGGUCAGUUAGAUAAAAGCAUGCCACUUGUUAUUAUUAUUGU